UGAGCGCUACCGGGGUGAGCGAGAGGGGAAUCGCGCCCUGCGCCUUCAUUCCUGACGUUCAGCGGCUCGCCUGGGGCAGGAGCCAGCCCUUCAGAGACCGUCCCACCUUCGCUUGCAGCUGCAGGCUGCUCCGCACCAUGACGAGAGUCAGUCUCGUUUGCUCACUUCACUCGAUUGCGCUGUGGACUCUCUGCUGGGUUUCUGGAGAGGAGACAGCCAUCACAGCUCAGUAUGGGAAAGACGUCACCCUGACCUGCAUCUUCCCGUCCAAAUUUAAGAUAAGCUUCCAUCGACUGAGCAUCACCUGGACAAAGGAAGGAGCCCAGGGCCAGGGUCUCCUGGUUCACAGAUUCUAUCUGAAGAUGAACUGGCGGGAGGGACAGGAAGAGGCUUACAGGGGCCGAACGCAGCUAUAUCCACAGGAAUUCCCCCAGGGAAAUGCAUCCCUGAGACUCAGCGACGUUCGCCUCCAGGAUGAGGGAUCCUACCUCUGCAACGUCAGCUGUGAGCUGGGAAGCUGGUCCCAGAAGAUUUCACUUAUAGUGCUAAGUGACAGUGAAAUGGAAAGGCCCAUCAUCGUUCAGCCAGGGGAGGACGUCAUCCUGAAUUGCUCCUUCCAGUCCGAGUUAAACCACCAGCCACUGAACAUCACCUGGAAGAAGAAAGAAGAGGAGGGACCAGAUCUCCUGGUUCACAGCUACUGCUCUGAGCCGGACCCACUGGAAACACAGGAUGAGGCUUACCGGGGCCGGACCCAGCUGUAUCCGGAGAGAUUCCGCGAGGGAAACGCGUCCCUGAGACUCAAGAACAUCCAGCUGGCGGACGACGGGAUCUACACCUGCCACGUCAAGCCCCAACUGGGCAGGUUUUCCGUGCGGAUGAGAGUGGCCGUGGAGAAGGAUGCUGAGCUUCUCCAGAGCCCAUCAACAUGGUGCAGUCUGUGGUGGAUUGAUCUGAUAGUGUUACUGGGGAUAUUAGCAUUUGCUCUCCUUCGAAUGUAUUAUCCUUCCUUGUGGAAACUGUGGCUGGACAAAAAGUCACCUCGAAGUGAGUCCCAGCAGACUGUGUCCGACCAUAAAAAAGACGAAGAGGAGAACAAACAUCUGCUCCGGGCAUCCUCGUCAACCUCUAUGGAGCCAGGAGUGGCCAAUCCCACCCACAGUCCACCUGCGCAUUCCUGCCCGGGGCAGACUGCCAAAGACAUGGGAGAACCAAGGGCUGCUCCUGGAGUUCAAAUAGUACCUACAUCGAUUUUUAUAAUGCAGAAGGCUUUGGAAUACACCAGGUUAAAUAUCGCCAUUAUGGGAGAGCUAGGCUGUGGGAAAUCAUCCUUUAUUAAUGCCAUGCGGGGGCUAUGUGAUGAAGAUGAAGGUGCUGCCCCAGUCGGGGAGGAAGAAACGAUGAUGGAGCCAACAGCUUAUCAGCAUCCCAAACACCCGAGUGUGACUUUCUGGAGAAUGCCGAUAAGUGAGACAGAAGAUGUUCAGCCAGAGGCAUAUCUCCAGCAGGUGAAAUUUGUCCUCUACGACUUCUUCAUCAUCAUGUGUUUAGAGGGAUUCACACCUAAGCAUGCUGAGCUGGCCCGGGAGAUCCAGAAGGCAGGGAAGAUGUAUUACUUUGUGCGCUCCAAGGUGGAUGCAGAUUUGGAUGAUGCCAGACGAAGCCGGCCCUCCAUUUAUGACGAGGAGAAAAUAUUGAAGGACAUCCGUAACCACUGCAUCAGAUGCCUGGAAGAGGGAGGGAUGAUCAAUCCUGAGGUUUUCCUCCUCUCCGCAUUUGAAUUAGAGAAGUAUGAUUUUCCCCUCCUGCGAGAGAGCAUGGAGAAAGCGCUCCCGGGCGACAAGAAAGGGGCUUUGAUACUGGCCCUGCCCAACACCUCUCUGCAAAUCUUGCAAAAGAAAAAGGAAGCCCUGCAGAAGCAGAUCUGGAAAAUAGCCCUUGUGUCCUGUCUUCUCACGGUUAUUCACAUGCCCGUUGUCUCCACCAUUCUUGAUGUAACCAUCCUGUUGACAUGCAUGAGAUAUUAUUGCCAAGUCUUUGGCCUGGAUGAUGUCUCCUUCAUGGCUCUCGCGAGGCAGUUUGGCAAACCAAUGGAAGAGCUGAAGGCCGUUAUGGAGCCCCUGCUGGCCGUUAUGAAGCCCCUGCUGGCCAAGGAAAUUAGCAUUAACAUGGUCUUGCAGCUCCUGUCCUCGGUUGGGUGCGGCAUAUUGAUAGUAGCAGAUUUAUUUCUGAGGCCUUUACGGGUGCUAGGAUUCAUGGUGUCUGGAGGAGUUGCAGGGGUAGGAUUCUUGGUUGCUGGUGGAAUUUCAUUGGCUACCACGUAUAUCCUGCUGAAAACCUUUCUCAACCAUGCUGCUGAAGAUGCCCAAAGAAUCCUACAGAAGAUAAAUCCAUAUGACAACAAGGAAAGCUAA